UAGAAACGAAAGGCAUGUUGCUUUCCAACAUGGACUACAAAUGUGGAAAUGUCUCAGAUGUAUCACCGCAAGAGAACAUUUCAUCCUGUGAGGAGAUCGAGGAAAACUACCAAAUCCACACAGAACAUGACGACUUUUUGACUGUCACAUUCUCUACAAAAAGUGGCGGCUUUAGGACGCUUUUGGACACGCAUACUGGCAAAAUUGGAUCAACACAAAUCUACAAGGGGCAAAUAUCUACCAAAAUCAUAGAAUUGAAGUUCGAUUUGAUUUCGCCUGAACAUUGUUCGGAAAUUACAUCAAGAAACAAGUGUAACAACGGGGAAAACCCCAUCCAUGUUGCAAAUGAUAUUACGCAGAAACCUAUUCACAUCAGUUGGGAUGGAUGGUCGGAUUCUUUAUCUGGAAUUGCUUACUACUACCUUGAGAUCUUCAAGUUGGAACCAAAUACACCCCAUGAGCUUACGGAACUAGAGCCAUUAAAGCCAAUUCAUCAGUUCAAGACAAACAAAACGUCUUCUAUAAACUUUCCAACAUACUAUCCCCCGGAAACAGGAAUGUAUUCGAUACUUUUACAAGUUACCGACAAGGCCAGUAACUCCAAAAUUGCAAGGAGAUUGGUCUUAUAUGACAACGACUCCUCUAUAACCUUAACUAAACAUGCUUUUAAUCCAAAUAUGUCGAUUGACGUGUCAGACGUAAAAAUUGGAGAUGGUGGUAUGCAUGUGAUAACAGCAAUACCUGAAACUGGUUACAUGUGGCAGUCUUCAAAUAAUGAUACAAAAACGCGGAUUGUUUUGAACUGGGAAAACCACUUUGUGAACAGAAUAUAUGACCAAGACAAAUUAUUUAAUAGAGUAUUGUAA